AUGAAGUCCUCUGUUAUCUUUGGCGGGAAGGUUCCUGCAGAAGGGAAAGCUGAGAUCAAGCGGAUUCUGGAAAUAGAUAAAGAAGGUGGAGAUGGAACGUAUCUAGGUUUACCGGAGUGCUUCCAUGGCUUCAAACAGGAGCUGUUAAACUUUAUCCGAGAAAGACUACAAGGCAGAUUUCAGGGCUGGUUCCUUAAAGCCUUAUCACAAGGUUGCAAGGAAAUUUUGCUAAAAUCGAUUGCGUUAGCACUUCCAGUGUAUGCCAUGUCUGUUUUCAAACUCACAAAGGAUCUUUGUGAUAAACUCACCAGUGCCAUGGUCGAAUUUUGGUGGAGUAAUGGAUCUAAUAAAAAGAAGAUAGCAUGGGUAGCUUGGCAACGCCUUUGUAAACAUAAAGAAGAAGGUGGCAUGGGCUUUCACGACAUCAGUAGUUUCAGCCAGGCGUUGUUGGCGAAACAAGCAUGGCGCAUACUGCAAAGACCUGAUUCGUUGGUAGCUAGGGUCCUCAAGAGUAAGUAUUGGAGAAAUGGAUCCUUUAUGGAAUGUGGGGAAGACCUUCUUAUUCCCAAUACGGGUCUAUGGGACACUCAGAAGAUUAAUGAGCUUUUUACUGAAGAAGACGCAGCUUCAAUACUAAACAUCAAACCGAUGAUCCACAAGGAGGAUAGACUAUGCUGGGGUUUCACUCGAGAAGGCUCUUACUCGUCACAGAGUGGUGCUCUGGCUGUAGCGGAACAAUUACGUUACCGAGGCAUUCCAGUAGAGCGAGCUUGUAAAGCUUGUGGAGCAGAACAGGAGACAAUAUGUCAUACCUUAUUCAAUUGUCCAACGGCUAGAGAUACAUGGUCUGAUGCAGGGUUGCCUCUCCCGGAGAGAGGGCUUUCUCAAAACUCUGUUUUCCUCAACAUGCACCAUCUAGUAGCUUGCACCAAAAGUAAAGACUGCCAUACUCAACUCCGAUAG